GAUUCCUCCGUCAAAUUUUCACCGCGACGGCGACAAAAAUUUACUGAUCCACUCUUCACUCCCUCCAGGUAUAUCCCAUCACCAGGCCCUUAUUCCUAGUCCACCGUUCCCAUAACACCCCAGCGGCACUACCGAGACCUGCAGCUUUGAUUUGCAAAAAAAACCAAGUUUCUACCUCCACAAACGCCCCAGUAAUAGCCACACACAAAACUCCACCAUGGCCCAAGUACAACCAAGAGCAAUUGCUCCUUCCAAUGCCACGUUCAAAGACAAAGAAAAGCCCCAGGAGGUAAGGAGAUCCAACAUCUUGGCUGCCAGAGCCGUUUCCGACGCCAUCAGAACCUCGUUGGGCCCCAAAGGAAUGGACAAAAUGAUCAAAACUGGCAGUGGCGAAAUCAUAAUCUCCAAUGAUGGUGCUACCAUCUUGAAGCACAUGGCAGUGUUGCACCCAGCAGCCAGAAUGUUGGUGGACGUCAGCGCCGCCCAGGAUAUCGAAGCUGGUGACGGUACCACCUCGGUUGCAAUUUUGACUGGAGCUUUCCUUGGAGCCGCUGACCGUUUAUUGAACAAAGGUAUCCACCCCACCCUCAUCGCAGAGUCCUUCCAGAGAGCCGCCAAGAGAUCGUGCGAAAUCUUGUUGGACAUGUCUUACAAGAUCCAGCUCGACGACAGAGAACAGUUAAUCAGAGCCGCAUCUACUUCGUUAUCAUCGAAAAUUGUUUCCCAGCAUUCUUCCAUCUUGUCACCAUUGGCAGUGGAUUCUGUGUUGAAGGUCAUCAACGAAGAGCAGAACAACGUCGACUUGAACGACAUCAGAUUAAUCAAGAAGGUGGGAGGAACCAUCGACGACACCCAAUCGAUCAAGGGCGUUGUGUUAACCCAGAACGUCGUCAAGAGCGCUGGUGGACCCACCAGAGUUGAAAAGGCCAAGAUUGGUUUGGUACAGUUCCAGUUGUCCCCUCCAAAGCCUGACAUGGAAAACAAUGUCGUGGUCAACGACUACAGACAAAUGGACAAGAUCUUGAAGGAAGAAAGAGCCUACUUAUUGAACAUUUGUAAGAAGAUCAAAAAGUCGAAGUGUAACGUUUUGUUGAUUCAAAAGUCCAUUUUGAGAGAUGCCGUCAAUGACUUGGCGUUGCAUUUCCUCUCCAAGUUGAACAUUAUGGUCAUCAAGGACAUCGAGAGAGAUGAGGUCGAGUUUUUGGCCAAGUCCACUGGAUGCAAGCCUAUUGCUGAUAUCGACAAUUUCACUGAAGACAGAUUGGGUUCUGCUGACUUGGUCGAAGAGGUCGAAAGCUCCGGCUCCAAGAUCGUCAAGAUUACCGGCAUUACCUCCAAGAACAUCAAGCCUUCGGUGUCUGUGAUCGUCAGAGGUGCCAACCAAUUGGUGUUGGACGAGGCCGAGAGAUCCAUCCACGAUGCCUUGUGUGUUAUCAGAUGUUUGGUCAAGGAGAAGGCCCUUAUUGCCGGAGGUGGUGCCCCAGAAAUCGAGGUUUCCAAGACUUUGAUGAAGGAGUCCCACACCUUGGUUGGUGUCGAACAGUUCGUUUACCAGGAGUUCGCCAGUGCCUUGGAGGUGAUUCCUACCACCUUGGCCGAAAACGCCGGUUUGAACCCAAUUAACGUGGUGACUGACUUGAGAAACAGACACGAAAACGGUGAAAAGAACGCCGGGAUCUCUGUGAGAAGAUCGGGUGCCUCUAAUACCUACGACGAGCAUGUGUUGCAGCCAGUAUUGGUCAGCACCAGUGCCGUCACCUUGGCUUCAGAAUGUGUCAAGUCCAUUCUUAGAAUCGACGAUAUCACCUUCAGUCGUUAGGCCACCCAUUCUUAGAUCCGUCAGUUUUCCGAAGCGACGAAUCACCUCUGUCGUAAGACCCCACCAGCGAUGCUAAAUCUUAUAGAAUACGACACAACAUCUCCAGUAUAUAUUAACAAUACAAACCAUCGUGGAA